ACUUCCAUUAUUGUUAUCACAUUACUCGAAAGGGCUUUGAGCUCACUUCACUCUCGCUCUCUCUCGAACGACACCCAAGUAUUAUUAUUCGCACGAGGAAUUCCCUCUCGUUCUUCUCUCUCCCUGUCUCCGAGUCUGUCUUUCUGGAUCCAGCUUCUUCAGAUCCAGGUUUAGCCAUCUGGAAUUGCUUCUCCUUUGCUGUUGGAGGAUAGCAGAACACAAGCUUAGAUCAGUUGUGUCUUCGUUACGAGCAUUUUCUCUUUAGCAAUUUGACCAAAUCCUUACCGUUAGAAAUUCCCCAUUUCUAACGUGCGCAGAAACUUUUUUGGAUCUUGUUACCUGUUUUUUUUUGGGGGCAAAUUCUACCGACCAAUCACAUAAGUAUCGGCGUUUCUCUCUCUUUUUUCCCUGUAUGAUUAUGGAAGUGAUUUUUCAAAAGUUAAAGCCUUUACUUCUUGCUUUGUGUUGUAUUGCCUCAGGUGAUUUCUGGAAAUUAAGACAGCAGCGGUUGUAAGAUUUCGGGUUGACAAGGAAGCUCGAGAUUUUAGACCUUUAUUCGAUAAAGGGAGGAUCAAAAUGGAAGAGAUACAGUCUCAAUUGGAUCCUUACCGUUCUUCCUCAUCCUCAGCGAGUAGUCCUGCUAGUAGGGUUCCAUCGAGCCACUUUUUCUAUGUAAGAAAACCAGGUUCUCUCAGACAUCCUAUCUCUUUUGAAGAUUCUCCCGAGUGGGAAGACACCGAUGCCGAUGUAAGAAUGGAGGAAGCUGGUGCCGAUUCCAUUAAUGCUGCUACAGCUGCUACAACUCCGGCCUCACCAUCACUCUCGAAACUCAAUAGUGGUUCAAUGCCAUCUCCGCCAGUCCCUGAAGGAGCAGUGGUUGUGAGAAAAAUCGCGGGUGCUUCUGUGGCUUGGAAAGAUUUAACUGUUACUAUAAAGGGGAAGAGAAAGUAUUCAGACAAAGUGGUGAAGAGUUCGAAUGGGUACGCCUUGCCAGGGACCAUGACAGUGAUUAUGGGCCCUGCAAAAUCGGGGAAGUCCACCCUUUUGAGGGCACUUGCCGGAAGGCUACCUCCUUCAGCGAAAAAGUACGGUGAGGUGUUUGUGAAUGGAUUAAAAUCACGCAUGCCAUAUGGAUCCUAUGGAUAUGUUGAGAGGGAAACACAACUGAUUGGAUCGCUCACCGUCCGUGAAUUCCUUUACUACUCAGCCCUGCUUCAACUUCCGGGUUUCUUAUGUCAGAAAAGGAGCGUGGUAGAGGACGCUAUCCAGGCAAUGUCACUGGGGGACUAUGCAAACAAAUUGAUCGGCGGUCAUUGUUACAUGAAAGGCCUCCCUAGUGGUGAAAGAAGACGUGUCUCUAUUGCCCGUGAACUCGUGAUGCGGCCACAUAUCUUGUUUAUUGAUGAACCUCUUUAUCAUCUUGACAGUGUUUCGGCUCUUCUUAUGAUGGUUACACUAAAGAAACUUGCAAGUACGGGAUGUACUCUUGUAUUCACGAUCAACCAAAGCAGCACCGAAGUGUUUGGCUUAUUCGACAGAAUCUGCCUUCUAUCAAACGGAAACACUCUGUUCUUCGGGGAGACAUUAGCUUGCUUACAGCACUUUUCUAACGCCGGAUUUCCAUGCCCGAUCAUGCAAAGCCCGUCAGACCACUUUUUACGCGCCAUAAACACAGAUUUCGAUAGGAUUAUCGCAAUGUGCAAGAACUGGCAGGACGACAAUGGAGACUUCUCAUCAGUGAAUAUGGAUACAGCUGUUGCCAUUCGGACUCUUGAGGCGACAUAUAAAUCAUCUGCUGAUGCUGCUGCAGUCGAAACCAUGAUUUUCAGGCUCACCGAGAGGGAAGGUCCACAGCUAAAAUCCAAAGGAAAAGCAAGCGCCGCAACACGAGUUGCAGUACUGACAUGGAGAUCGUUGUUAAUAAUGUCGAGGGAAUGGAAAUACUAUUGGCUUCGUCUUGUCCUCUACAUGAUUCUUACCCUUUGUAUUGGCACCGUCUUUUCGGGUUUGGGUCACUCUCUCUCUUCAGUUGUGACAAGAGUUUCUGCAGUUUUUGUGUUUGUCUCAUUUGCUUCGCUGCUGGGAAUCGCUGGAAUGCCUUCCCUUCUGAAAGAAAUCAAGAUAUAUGCAGGGGAAGCAUCGAACCAGCAUUCGGGUGCAUUCGUGUUCUUGGUCGGGCAGAUUCUAUCGAGCAUACCGUUCUUGUUUCUGAUAUCAAUAUCGUCGAGUCUCGUGUUCUACUUCAUGGUCGGAUUGAGAGACGAGUUCAGCCUGUUGAUGUAUUUCGUGCUCAACUUUUUCACGUGCCUUCUCGUAAACGAAGGACUGAUGCUCGCCAUUGCUUGCGUAUGGUGGAACCUCUACUGGAGCACAUUGACUCUUAUUUGCUUACAUGUGAUAAUGAUUCUCUCGGCGGGUUAUUUCCGAAUCCGAAAUGCCCUGCCGAAACCUAUCUGGACUUACCCGUUCUCGUACCUGUCAUUCCACGCCUACUCUGUUCAGGGCAUUCUGGAGAACGAGUACGUCGGGACAUCAUUUGCCGUGGGGGAAGUGAGGACGAUAACGGGAUACCAAGCCAUCCGAGGAGCUUACGACAUUUCUCCCGACCGAAGCUCCAAGUGGCGAAACCUCCUCUUCUUGUUCUCUAUGGCCAUCGCUUACCGCCUCUUCGUCUUCCUCCUGCUUCGGUUUUGUCUGAACCAUGACAUCACCUCCACCUCCGCCUCUGUCCGUAGAUUCGUAUUUUGUCGUCGCAAGCGGAACAACGGUUCCAGGUGAAUGAAUGAAUGAACAUUUGUUACAACACUGUACAAAACGACCGCGUUUUGGUAAUGUUAGCAGGAAAACGUUUAUUUACGGCUUUCUUUUUUUUUCUCCUUCAUAUCCAACAGUCCACACGUAACAUUUAUAUUUUUGGGAGGUGAAAUUAUUUGCAUUA